AAACAGGAGCGAGAGAGAGGGGUUGGGUUGGAGCAAAAACAAAUCUGGACAGCAGCCUGAUGGAAAGCAGCUCUGAAACGGAGCUGAAUAUGAUUGUUUGGACUAAUUUUGCUGCAGCAGUCUUAAGUAAACAGGAGAUGAGAGUCAUGAGAAGCUAGUGGGAGCGUCAAAGCCCAGUGGAUUCUGGUUGCCGUCUCAGGAUGACCGUCACUUAUUCCAGUAAAGUAGCCAACGCCACUUUCCUGAGUUUCCACCGGCUGCUGCUGCGCUGGAAGGGGAGCAUCUACAAGCUGCUGUACCGGGAGUUCAUCCUGUUUGCUCUGCUCUACACCGUCCUCAGCCUCGUUUACAGACUCGUCCUCUCAGAGCAGCAGAAGAGAUUAUUUGAGAAACUUUCCAUUUACUGCGACAGAUACGCCGAGCAGAUCCCCGUCACCUUCGUCCUGGGUUUUUAUGUCACUUUGGUGGUAAAUCGUUGGUGGAAUCAGUUUGUUAAUCUUCCCUGGACAGACAGACUCAUGUUCCUCAUCUCCAGUUGUGUUCGGGGUAAAGAUGAAUACGGACGCCUUCUCCGACGGACGUUGGUACGCUACGUCAACCUGACAUCGCUGCUCAUCUUCCGCUCCGUCAGUACGGCCGUCUGCAAGCGAUUCCCAACCAUCGAUCAUGUGGUUGAGGCAGGUUUCAUGACUCCUGAGGAGAGGAAGGUGUUUGAGAAUGUCCGUUCUCCUCACCUGAAGUACUGGAUACCUGUUGUCUGGUUCUCCAACCUGGCAUCUAAAGCCCGGCAGGAAGGACGCAUCCAAGACAGCAUCGACCUGCAGAAUAUUCUGAACGAGAUGAAUCUGUUCAGGACGUGGUGUGCGACUCUUUUCGGCUAUGACUGGGUCGGCGUCCCGCUGGUUUAUACGCAGGUUGUCACUCUUGCUGUCUACACCUUCUUCUUCGCUUGUCUAAUUGGUCGGCAGUUCCUCGACCCUACUCAGGGUCACCCUGGCCACGACCUCGACCUUUACAUCCCCAUCUUCACCCUGCUGCAGUUUUUUUUCUACUGUGGCUGGCUUAAGGUAGCAGAGCAACUGAUUAACCCAUUUGGAGAAGAUGAUGAUGACUUCGAGGCCAACUGGAUCAUUGACAGAAACCUUCAGGUGUCUCUGCUGGCGGUGGACGAGAUGCACAUGAACCUUCCUCACAUGACCAAAGACGUUUACUGGAACGACAGCGACGCUCGUCCGCCAUACACUCUGGCUGCUGCAGAUUACUGCAUCCCCUCUUUCCUCGGAUCCACCACCGACAUGGGACUUUCUGACAUCCUGCAGCUUGAUGAAUGUGAGGUUUCAGACUGUCGACCUCAGCAGCAGGAGCCUCUGCUGACUCGACGACAAGAGUCGGUUCUGGGUCGAGUCCGACGCUUGCUCAGUGUUCAGGAACCUCCUGACCUCCGACAUCCUCGACCCGUCUUCAAGCGGCACAGCAGCGACGCAACCAGCAGCUUCUUCCUGGACUUCAGGGGGAACGCAGGCUCGGCAGACAUGGUUCCACCCUGUUCCUUAGCCAUCCCUCCCUCGUCUCUGGACACCCUGUCCACCUUAAGGGAGGUCAACAGCAACCCGCCCUCACCUGAGAGUUCAUCCUCAGUUGUUUUCCCGCGGCUGGUUGUCAGCCCGCCAUUGGUCUCUGAUGCUUGUCACAAUGGGGAGUCUUUUGGGAAACAUCAGAACGGUCUGGAUCACUCCCCAACUGAGGAACAACCAAACGUGGAAACUACAAGUAUUUCUAGGACCAACUCCAUUUGUUGUUCCCCAACUCAACUUGGACCGAAGGAGUUCCGCUGGACGACGGUCACCGCGAAGAACCGGCCGCCAACCAGGCCGCGGGGCCGGCAGUUCUCCCUGCAGUUCUCCCGGCAGAGCUCCAAGGCGUCGAUCCGCAGCCUGCCGAGUCCGAAAGGCCUGGGGCGCCGGAGAAGAGGCCUGGGUCGGCAUCAGUCCCGCAGGUCGCCCAGUCCGACCGCCAACACGCUCCAACUGCCAGAACCGGAUUACGACGGCGAGUUCCAGGGAACAGCGGGAAACGAGGACGAUGAGGAGGAAACGGACCAGAACGACGAGCUCAAAGACGCAAAAUCUCAGCCGUAAAGUUUGGAUUACAAGAGAGAAAAUGGAGAAUAUUUCGUUCUUUGAAAAAUACUGACCUCAUUAGGAGAAUUUGAGGAAAGGAAGAGUAUUAAAAUACAAGAGUAGAGCAACAUUGAUGGAUGCAAGUCGCCGUCAAAAACUGAAGAAGAAAAACGGAGACAGAUGGAUUCUGGUUGUUUGAGUUGCUAAACGUGGUUUUGGUCCAAAUCCUGAGCUAAAAACACGACCUGGCAACUUCCAACAAUUUAUUUCAGUCAGGAGUUUCAGUUUGGUUGGCCACAGUUUGUUGUUCAGGCGGAUCGACUGCACUUAAUGCCAAUUUUCCUGAUUGGGUCUUGAUGGGAACAACGGGGUACUGGCGCCAUUUUAGAUAGAAAAGAAAGGAGUACAUUUCCACCAAAACAAGUUUUUUCUAGAAAAAAUUAAUUUCAAACUCAGAAAAUCCAGAUUUUUUUCUGGAAAGGUUCUGAGAUUAAUCUAAAAAUUUCAGAGUUUUUUCUCAAACUUUCAACUUUUCAAGACUUUCUUCUUUUAGAAAUAUUCUGAGGUUAAUCACAAACGUUGAAUUUUUUUCUUGCAAAUUUUCAACUUUUCAAACUCCUAAAUUUCCAUGCUUUUUCUAGAAAUUUCAAAGUUUUUUACUGGACAUUUACUCCUUUUUU